UAGAUCUUUACUUUCUUUUUAUGUUUUUGUUAUUUAUUGCUAUUUCUUUGCUUUCUCUUUUCCCUAGAGAAAGAAAUGGAGCAAUCCAAUACCGCGUUGAAUUCCGUAUAAUUCUUUUUUUUUUUUUUCUCUUUAAAAGUAUCGAUCUUUCAUUUUCUUUUUCUGUUUCUAGAUUUGUAGAUUUGCGCGUGUAAUUUAGACAUAUUUUAAGAGAGUUUUCAAAUAAAAGAAGAAAACAGGAGUUUUUGAUAGAGGAAAAAGAAGGAGAUGCGUUCAAAGAAGAUGGAAGGACCAUCGGCACCGACUAUGCGUCGUGACCCUUACGAAGUUUUGUGCGUUUCAAGGGAUUCAACUGAUCAGGAGAUCAAAACUGCUUAUAGAAAGCUAGCUCUCAAGUAUCAUCCUGACAAGAAUGCUAGCAACCCUGAGGCUUCAGAGCUUUUUAAGGAAGUUGCAUAUUCUUAUAGCAUUUUAUCUGACCCAGAAAAGCGAAGACAAUAUGACAGUGCAGGGUUUGAGGCUGUUGAAGAUUCAAUGGAUAUGGAGAUUGAUUUGUCCAAUCUGGGAACUGUUAAUACAAUGUUUGCAGCAUUAUUCAGCAAGCUUGGUGUCCCCAUCAAGACUACAAUCUCAGCUAAUGUUCUUGAAGAAGCUCUUAAUGGAACUGUGACAGUUAGACCCCUUCCUAUUGGAACAUCAGUUAGUGGAAAGGUAGACAAGCAAUGUGCCCACUUCUUUGGUGUAACAAUAAGUGAUGAACAAGCUGAGGCUGGAAUUGUUGUGAGGGUAACUUCAACAGCACAAAGCAAAUUCAAGUUACUUUAUUUUGAACAAGAUGUCAAUGGUGGCUAUGGCUUGGCCCUACAGGAAUUGGGCUCGGAGAGGAUUAUUGGCAGUACUAUGAUGUGUGAAGAUAGUGAGAAGACAGGCAGGGUGACAUCAGCUGGCAUGUAUUUCUUGCAUUUUCAAGUAUACAGAAUGGAUUCCACUGUAAAUGCGUUAGCAAUAGCUAAAGACCCUGAAUCUGCUUUCUUUAAAAGGUUGGAUGGUCUUCAACCUUGUGAGGCUUCAGAACUAAAAGCUGGCACACAUAUAUUCGCUGUUUAUGGUUGGAGCUGGGAUAAUUUUUUCAAGACUGCUACUUACACAAUUGAGGCACUUUGUGCAAAGUCAUAUGAGGAUACCACGGAGAAGCUUAAGGAUAUCGAAGCUCAGAUUUUACUAAAGAGAAAUGAGUUGCGCCAAUUCGAAACAGAAUACAGAAAAGCAUUGGCACGCUUUCAAGAAGUGACCAACCACUACAGCCAAGAAAAGCAGUCUGUAGACGAGCUGCUGAAACAGCGUGACAGUAUCCAUGCCUCAUUCACCGUAACAAAAGCACCCAACAGUAUUGGUGUUAAUUUAAGUAAUGGAAGUACUAGCAAAGUUCCUGGUGAGAACGAGAGUCCAUUGGAAGAUGGAAACUCGGAUGGGAAGGAUAAAUCAGGGAAAAAGAAAUGGUUCAAUUUGAAUCUGAAGGGAUCUGAUAAAAAGCUUGGUUGAAAAGGUAUUUAGUUAGGUUCUUGUUUUACAAGAAAGGUUGGAAAUAUUUGCCAGCAAUCUGCUGCCUUCUAAUACUUGUCCUUGUAUUAUUUAUUCAAUCAAUUCUUCUCCUGUCUAUGGCUCUCCACAAAGGUUGUUCGAUAUGUCAUGUUGCAGUAAUGGUCCUGUCAACGUGAUGAUAUGGAUGUAAGUUUUUUGUAUACUUAUCAAGUGAUAACUCCCAUCUACUGGUCCUUUGGGCAGCCGUUUGUGUCUUAAUCUUUUUGAAAAUAAAUAAUUUUGUUUUCCUGCAACUUGGCUCCUUCAAAAUCUCUCUCU